CCUGCUGUCUACAUCUCUGGUCAAUUGAAGGUUGAUAUCAUGUAACACUGGGUCUGUCAGGGUCGUCAGGGUUAUAAGGUUCUGUGAUGAAAAUAGUUCAUGACCUUCAUUUCAUGAGCUUCAUGAGACAUGAUGGUGUUCAAGAUGGCGGCAGUUGAUGUUGUUCUUAAUUUCGCCUCUCGCAUUUUUGAUCAAGAUUUCGGUGAUAGUGGUGAAAUUGAUUGUGCAAAAUGUCAAAUAUUGAAGGACUAUCUUAAACUUGCAGCAACGGAAUUAAAGUCAGCUCAACAAGUAAUCAAGAUUUUGUAUGAAGAAAGAGCUGAAUUGAAUAACCUCAAAAACCACGUGAAUCCAACCAAUGUAACGAAUAGAAUCCCUGUAAACGUGAGAUGUUGGAAGAAAAAGUCUGUUAAAGUAAAUCAUAUAAGUGAAAUUUCGGAUAAGGUAAAACAUAAAAUCAGAAUUGUAGGUGAUAGCCAUGCAGGAGGUCUAGCUAAUGAAUUAAAAGGCAAGCUAACUCUGGACUUUGAGACUCAGGGACUGGUAAAACCCGGAUCUCCAGUGGGAGAAUUAGUACACCUCACCGACUCGGAUUUGAAGGAUCUAACGAUGAAUGAUGUGUGUGUUGUGUGGGGUGGUUCAAAUGAUGUUGGUCGAAAUGAGCCUAAUCUUGGAAUGCGAGCAUUAAAACAGAUAAUUAGUUCUCUUAAUCACACAAAUGCUAUAGUGAUAAAUGUCCCACCCAGAUAUGACCUUGCAUCAAACUCCUGUGUGAAUGAUGAAGUUCAAAAGUUUAAUAGAAAACUCGUGAAUUUAGAAAAGGCUUACUUAAAUCUUUCUAUAGUAACAGUGGACUCAAAUCGGGACUUAUUCACCAGACAUGGUUUGCAUUUAAAUUCUCAGGGGAAAGCGUAUACUGCUAAAAGACUAGCAACAGUGAUAAAUGGUCUGUUUACCAUAAGCAAAUCGGUACCAAUUGUGUUAAAGUGGAGAUGUCUGGGUGAUGCCCAACAUUGGGUACAAGAUUUAGAGGCACAUGGUCAAGAAGAUAAAGCGGACAAAAUAAAUAUGGAAAUUAAGAAGCCACAACAGGAAGACAAAGGAGGGGGAAAGGAAGAAGAUAGGGAAAGUGAAAACCUGAGUGAGGGUGAACAGACAAUGAGGACAUGUGAAGGUGUUGUAGGUGGGGAGGGGGGGCUCUGAGAAACAACAAAUGUCAACAGUAAGAUGUAAAGAAGCAGCGAGCAUUAACUCAAAUAAAUGCAAAUUAGGGAAUAAUAUAAUAGAUACUAAUAGCAAAGAUAAAGAGAUACCAAGUACAAUGAGUGGAAAUCCACUACAGAACCCGAUUCCAGAUAGUAAACGUAGUAGACAAUCUACACGUAAUAAAAAAAGUAUCAAUGGCAAGAAAUAAAGAUUUUUUAUGGGAAAUAUAAUUCUAGAUAAGUAUGAUAAAGGUAACUUUAAGUCAAAUAAUUGUAAUGUAAUGAAUCAAAAUAACUUCAUAAUUUAUCACCAAAAUAUUAUGGGUAUCAAUAAUAAAACAGAUGAGUUAAUAUUAGCAUUUACUUCUGAGCUACUGCAUGUUAUUUGUUUAUCAGAGCAUUACCCUGAACCAACAUGUAUUAGCUAGCAAAUACUGUAGGAAAAAUUUUAAGCAAGGAGGUGUAUGUGAUCAAGAUCAAGUGAAUCUCUGCUUAUUGUACAGGUCAAAUGCAGUAGCUACAGUAACAAGAGGCUCAGGAUUUAUGAGUGGGUUAGCAUAUAACUGCAUUGCUUACUUCACAGCAGCUGUUCAAUGAUUUAUUUGGA